GCCCGCGCCCCCCCCCCCCCUCCCGGACCGCUACCCAGGUUCUACUCUCUCAUCAUUUCCCUGGCCUGUACUUCCUCUCGAGAAGUCGGUCCGAGUCGAGGCUAGUCCGAGUCCAUGGCCGAUUGAAGUAACGAAUCGCGAUCGGAGACGGAGGCAUAGAUGUAGUGUUCUGUAUAAAGGGAGGGCCGAGGAGAACGAUUGAUUCGAAGUUCGUUCUGGAUCUGGGUCUAAUCUAAUUAAACAACUAUUCUGGUUUCCAGAUCCGAUUGGGGAGAAAGGCCCGGCCUUUUUCUCUAUUACGCCGGCGGAAACUCGGCGGCGCGAUGGCAGACUCCGGGCGGAAGCGUCAAUGUGGUGCUUUUGCCACUUCCGUAGCCUGCAAGCGCCGGGCGCAUGGCCGGGACUGGACGUCUCUCCCCUCGGACAUUACCAACGUCAUCGCCGAGCGGCUGCUGGCGGAGGACGUGGUUGACUACAUGAGCCUACGUUCCGUGUGCGCGCCUUGGCGCGCCUCGACGGCUAGCCCGCGCGACCCCACGCUACGGGACGUUCGCUUCCGCCCGCGCGGUUGGGUUGCUCUCUGCGACGGUGAUGGCGUCCGCCCGGCCGACGCCUGCCAGGUCAACUUCUUCCACACGUCCACCAGCAGGCGCCUCCGCGUUCGCCUGCCAGAGCUACACGACCACAGGAUCGUCGGAUUCACGGACGGCCUCCUCAUCCUGCUCAACAAAAGCACCACCGCCGUCCGUGUCCUGCACCCGUUCACUCGCGUCUUCCUCGACCUCCCUCCGCUUGCCCCCGUCUUUCAUCUCCUGGUGAAGGACAUCUGGUCAAGAGCAUGGAUGGAAGCCGCGGUUUGCUGGUCUUGCACAUCCAUUGCGGUUGUUGCCUGGUUCCCCAAUGUUCCGGUGGUGGUCCAUGCGGAGCCGACUCGUCCACGCUGGUGUGUUAUCUACCGUGGCCUUCAGCUCUGGACCGCCUUACCAUUCCAAGGCAGGCUAUUCGGCAUUAGAAAAGAUACCAGGCAGAUCAUUCAGCUGUACCCUCACCUGCCAUAUCCCGUGGUUGCUUGCAUCCCAAACAGUUUUGGCCGUCCCAACAUGUGUGAUUGCUAUCUCGUGGACUUUGGGGGACGCAUGCUGCUCACUGUUCAGCAUCGCAUCAUCGACCAGUGCUUGGAAGGGUGGCAGCCCUUCGCCUUCGCCUUCUUCUUGGUUAAUGUACACCAGAGAGAGCUUGUUCCAGUGGACAGUCUUGGUGAUAGAGCAAUCUUCCUUAACAAAGAUCGUUGCCUGUGUGUUUCGGCCAAGGACCUCCCAUCCAUCAGUGGCAAUUCUGUUUACUUCUCCCUGCACACAACUGACCCUGUUGCGGUGCAUUCACUAAGCAAGCGAACGUGUGAGCGGACAUCGACAUUCUCCCUCAUUCACAACUUCAAGGAGAGGAUUCGGCCCUCUGUAAGGCCUUUCACCCUGGCUGAUCAUCUGCUGUCGUAUUGCCACCAUGUUCAGUGGUCAAAAGGAUUUAUGUUUCACGAGUACUUUAGCAUACCUGCAUCUUGGAAGAAGAUGGUGAGGAAACUGAAAGCACAAGAUCAGGAAAUCCAAGUCCCAUUCAUGAUUAGGGAGAAAACAGAGGGAAGAUUGAGGUCCAGCGAUAUGAAGAAUAGUCCCCCUUGCACGGCAGCGUCUCCGUCGAGCAACACUCCCAAUCGAGCACCAGCAAGCGGCAUGCCCACGCUGGCCACAAAUGCAACACCCAGGAAGACGAACACUUGGUUGCACGCGACAUGCUACAAGAUGUUCUCGUACGCAUCCUCCUCGCCUCGGACCUCGGCUCGUCUCCUCGAACUCGGCCGUACGAGAACAGCAGGACGGUCCUGGACGGAGGCAGCCGAAUCGGCACAACGCAAGGGGCGGUGCUGAUGGUCACCUCCAACGCCGGCGCCCCUGGCUCGGGAUAGGCUGAUAGGCAGAGCACGAGAGGAGCAGCUGAACAUGACAUGGCAGGAGUUGCCAUCCGUGGUGGCACCGCCGUGGGGGCCACCUCCGCCCGCGCCCGCCACCGCCAGAGGCAGGGAAGGAGAAGCCGGCGGCGCCGGAGACUGGGGAGAAGAAGAACGGGAGCUCGCCGACGGGAUGGCAUCUCUCAGCGCCGGCGCUGCCGCGAGGCUUGCGGUCUUGCGGACGGUGGGGUUGCGGGCGCGGUGGCGCUUGCCCGCCGGCCAUGGCGCGCGAGAGAAAGUGCCAGCGCGAGAGGGGUGAGACCGAGCGGAUAAG